AUGAAUAUCUUGCUCUUUUUCCCUGUUUCAUUCACAUUUUUGUUCAGUUUUUGCACAUGUGGUAAUCAGAAUCCUAUUCGUAGGACAAAAUACGGACGAGUGCGUGGAUUUACACAAACAGUAUAUGAUGGGAAAAAGGUGGAGAAAUACCUGGGGAUUCCCUACGCCAGACCUCCUAUCGGCGAGUUACGGUUUAUGCCCCCUGUCGCCCCAAAAACAUGGCACGAAGGGACGUUGAAUGCGAUAGAGCUGGGCCCCGCCUGUCCCCAGCCAAGUGGAGGUCUGGCAUACAUCGAGCUUCAUGUUCCGGGCUUUAACAAGACAAGUGAAGAUUGCUUGUAUCUCAACGUUUACACACCAAAGAAAGGACAUCAUUUCGUAAACACUCUGCCAGUUCUAGUGUUUAUACACGGCGGGUCCUAUUACAAUGGGAUGGGAGCCAUUUUCGAUGGAAGCGCUCUUGCCGCUCAAGACAUUGUCGUCGUUUCCAUCAACUAUCGGAUCGGGCCACUUGGUUUCCUCGCAACUGGUGACGCCGACUUACCAGGAAAUUAUGGGAUGUUGGACAUCAUCGCCGCCCUACAGUGGACAAGAGACAACAUUGCUUAUUUCCAUGGCAACCCUGACCUUGUCACAAUAGAUGGCCAUAGCGCCGGUGGAUGCAGUGCGGGUCUCGUCAUGAUGUCUCCACUAGCUAAAGGACUCUUCAGACGAGUUAUUAUACAGAGUGGCUCGCCUUUGGCCCAUUGGGCAGUGACCAGAUACCCAGGGGGACAGAGCGUUCAUUUUAAGGUUUUUGCCUCUGCUUUCGACUGUUUGUUUGAAGAUUCGGCACAGAUUAAGAAAUGUCUACAGGCAGUUCCAUCCAAGCGGAUGCAUUCCUUCAUCUCACAAAAUUAUGACGCGUCACCAUCACUGUCCCCACAAUUCCGUCCGGUAGUGGACGGAUACUUCAUGCCAGACACCCCAGAAAGGAUGGCCGUCUUGGGAGACUUUGAGGUGGAGAGUAUCCUCACCGGUGCUACCAAGGACGAGGGACUCAUUGCCGCAAUUCCAUUCAUCAAAGCUUUUGGUGGUAAAGGUCAAGGUCGGGCAAAACUACUGACCCUGAUGUACUGUUUUAGAGGUGACCUUCCAGAAAUACCAGGUAUCGUAGAUACGUUGCUAGAGCAUUACACCCAGUGGCCUUAUAUAACCUCAGACACAUCAAUUCAGGAUAGUUUCUCGGAGAUGGUCGGCGACUAUUAUAUAACAGCGCCCACACACAAAAUAGCUUCUUUGCUGUCUCAGCGCAAUACGACGGUCUACCUCUAUAACUACGAGUACAAGUCUGUGUAUGCGCUGUGGGACGGAGUAAUUCAUGGAGCAGAGCUGUUCUACCUAUCAGGUUUCCCUAUGUCAGGUCAUGCAAACUUCCGGUACAGCGAAAGUGACCGGAAAAUGUCGGAAACGUUGCUGUAUCUUUGGUCAAGUUUUGCGCGAAACGGACUUCCGUCUUUGAUUCCACACAAUCAGUUCUAUAUAGACAGAUACACCGUCAACAGACCAACCUUUGCCAGAAUUACCACAGGUAACCAUAGACCUCACAUUGAAAUGGACAUGAAACUGAAACCUUCAAAGUUGUCAUUUUGGAACGAAAAAGUUCCCGAGCUAUACCGCCAAAGGUAUGCCAAUAAGCUGGUUGCCAAGGGAGAACUUAUGUCCCGGGAUUACGUCAUUAGUAGCGCCAAUUCAUGGGCGCUGAUUGCGUCAUGCAUCGGGUUGUCUGUGCUGACUAUUCUGUUCUCUAUAGGGUACUGUAAGAGCAGAAGGAGGAUAAAGAAGAUUCUACAACAUAACGGCGUUCCAAUGUCCAACAGAAUUAUAUAG